AUGUUCUUUCAACAUGCAAUUUGUUGUCGUUCAGUUAAAAACAUACUUUGCUUAUUGAAGAAUGAUGAUCCAGAAACAACGACCUAUAGUGAAGUGUCGUCGUCUUUGGGCAGUUCUAGCUUGGAAGGUACUCAGGAAAAGAAGGGUGGAGAUCAACCGAAUAAUCAUAAUGUGAACGGCAUAACACUCUUCAAAAUGCAUUGGGAACAUGUCAGCGUACCUCUAACAAUCGCAUUCUGGUUCAUGUUGGUGACAAUGGCAAAAAUUUCAUUCCAUAGCUUCGAACGAAUGCAUAAUUUAUUGCCCGAUUCGGCGUUGCUGAUCGUGCUUGGUCUCUUUUUCGGUUAUUUGUUUCAUCUUAUCUAUCCAGAUGAGGUCUACUUAAAACCGGAUUGGUUCUUCUUGUAUCUGCUACCACCAAUUGCGCUAGAUGCUGGAUAUUUCAUGCCUAACAAAGAUUUUUUUCGAAACUUUGGAACGAUAAUGACAUAUGCGGUCUGCGGAACAUUGUAUAAUACGUUCUCGAUCGGUUUCACACUGUAUUUGAUACGUGGUUGGUUCAAGAUACAGCCAUCGAUGAUUGAAAUCCUCAUCUUCUCAACGCUCAUCUCAGCCGUCGACCCAGUGGCCGUACUUUGUGUCUUUGAAGAGAUUCAUGUCAAUCAGUUAUUGUAUAUAUGUGUUUUUGGUGAAUCACUUCUUAAUGACGCAGUUACAAUUGUUCGUUUUCGUGUACUAUCUUACCAAUUAUACUCACUUCAGUUGUUACUAUUUUUUAUAUCAAUGUACAUUAUUUAUAUAUUUAUAAAAUCGGUUCUUCCUCAUUUUCAUGUGCUCUAUCAAACGUUCAACGCGAUGGUUAGUGCUGGCAAUUUGGUUUCGACCGACUAUGUAACCGCUGGAGCAUCGUUCUUUGUUGUUUCAUUAGGCGGAAUCGUAAUUGGUCUAAUUUGGGCGCUCUUCACCGGAUUCACAACAAAGCAUGCUCAACAUCUGAAUGUUGUACAACCGCUCAUAUGCCUUCUGUUUCCGUAUCUUGCUUACCUCUCCUCAGAAAUGGUCGCCAUGUCCGGAAUUCUAGCUAUCGUCAUGUGCGGUCUAACAAUGAAGCAAUUCGUUGUCGGCAAUCUGUCAUGGAAAUCGCUCGUUACCGUGCAAUAUUUCAUGAAAACACUCUCAUCGAGUUGCGAAGCCGUAAUUUUCGUAUAUUUGGGUAUAUCAGCCGUUUCGAAGAGUCACGAUUGGGAUAUAGUUUUCAUAACUGUCACGGUCAUCAGUUGUCUUCUACAACGUUUUAUUGUUUACACUACUCAAUUUCAAGGUGUAUUCUUCUUCACAAAACUACUGAACGUGAGACGUGUGCAAAAAAUUGGUAUUGUUGAUCAAUUCAUCAUGAGUUACGGUGGUAUUCGCGGCGCGGUUUGCUAUGGCUUAGUAAUGUCGUUGGAUGGACAAGUCAUCUCAGCAAAAAAUAUGUUCGCUUCAUGUACAAUUGUUGUCAUUCUUUUCACCGUGUUUGUUCAGGGUCUGUCUAUCAAAUGGCUGGUCAAACGUCUAAAAGUGAAACAAAACGAAGUGCAUAAAAAGACCAUCUUUGAGAUGGUCAGCGAGAAUGUGAGCGAUUUCCUAUUUGUAGUUAACAAUAUGAUGUGCGGGGUUGAAGGAAUCACUGGUUAUCGCGGCCACUACUGGUUACGUCAAGCGUACAAUCGAUUCAAUGAUAGCUACAUUAAACCACAUUUGAUGGUUCAUACCAAAUCAAGUGCAACUAGAUUGGUGGAUUAUAACGAACAUAUUCAGAUGAAAGAAGCUGAACAACAUCUCAAACAAUAUGGCAGUUUUGUUGGUCUACCAGCCACACAAAGUCGUGCGAAUUUGGUCACUGAAGGCAUUGAAACGGUAGAAGCCGGAGUUGACGAUUCGACGUUUACGAACGAUGCUUAUGUGGAUCGUGAUCGUGAGUUGCAGCCUUCAACAGGAAGCACUCUAUCACCGCGAACACCGACCUCAUUACCACGUAAUCAGUCUUUGAGUCGUUUCGUUCGCGACAAACUUGAUUCAGUCAAUUCGCCACUUUCUCAAGGUGUUUACAGCCGUCAUUUGCUUGGUAUUGACAAUCUACCACAUGUUUCUCGUGCUGCUUACGAUUUUCGUGAUAAUACUUCAUUUGACGCACUCGACGACGCCUCUUAUCAUAUGACGUAUCCUUAUUGUAAAGGAGCUGCUGGAAAAAUGAAUCCAUUGAGGCGUAAAAGUCGAGGUGGAGUGCAAACAGAUCGUGAUACUUAUGGUCGGAGAGAUAGCCGAUCAACUGCGCAACAACGAGAGCAAAAACGCGAGGGUAGAUACCAUGCACCGAGGAUGUCACUCAAUGAGACCAAUUUAAUCAGUCGACCACGAUUUUUGAUUACUAGCGAUUCAAACGAAUUCAACGUUGCUGCAUCGUCACCUCCGAACGCACCACGUCAUCCACGACGGAAAAGCACUGAACAAGAGCUUGAAGAAGGUCUUGCACUUAAGCUUCUCCCAUCGAAAGAUCAACCGCAACGAUUAACAACAAUAAAACCACAUUCAUCAUUUCAUAAAGAAAGAAAAGGCACAGCGCUUAAAACAGCGACGAAUUGUGAUGAUGAUGAAGGAAAUGCGAAUUCUGCUUCUGAUUCAGAUUAUGAAGUUGAUAUUGAUGAGGAGGAGAGAUGUGAUAAUGUUAAUGGCGCAAAUAAGCGGCGCAUCGCUAAAAAAUUUGUUGUUCCUGAAAUAACAUUAACUGAAGAAUUUUUUCUUUUUGCAGCUCCAGGAGCCGAUAUUCCGUUGAAUAAGAGUACGGCUGGUUCAAGUAAAAAGGCCUCUGGAGCGACAGCUACCGGCGAACCAGAUGAGCGUUGCAGUUUAUUGCCAGUUGAAGAAAUUGAUGAAACUGCUGAAAGUCCAACGAACAAUUCAGCCGAAAGCGAUCAAAAUAUCUCGAGCACUUCAAAAUGA